AUGGAUAUAAAAUGUCCAGAUUGCUACAAGAUUACCACGGUUUUCAGCCAUGCUCAGAGGCUGGUUCUUUGUGUAGACUGUUCAACAGUGUUGUGCCAGCCAACAGGAGGAAGGGCCAGACUCACAGAGGGGUGUUCAUUUAGAAGAAAGCAACACUAAUG